AUGAGGCGGCCUGGUGCAGCACAUUCAGUUGCCUGGAAACAUCACAAACGAGAGGUUCAGCUGGGUUCCAGGUGUCACUCGAAUGAGUGUAUAUUCGCCAGUGCAAUGCAAUUUGGUUUCAAGGAUAAUGAUAAUAAUAACUGUUCAGCUGUAAUACCCCUUUGGUGCCUGGCUGACAAGUCACCCGGAGAGAGCACGAGGGCUUGGAUACUGCCAGGUUGCCCAAGCCUAGACAGAGGAAAUUGA